UUUUUUUUUUUUUCAUUUCCUUUCUUUCUCUUUAAAUCUUUAUCCAUCUCUAUAAACAUCCUCUCGCUCUGUUUCUUUCUUUCUUACAAUUUGAACAAAACCUUCCAAUUCUCGUUUCUGUAAUUAUUUUUUCUUUAACCAGUUCCAACCCAAAAAGGAAAAAUAUAGAAAAUUAUAAAGAACCCUUUUUUAAUGGGUAAUAUUAGUAGUAGCGCCGGCGUUCACGGUCGCCGGAGACACAACAACCGCCGUAGCCACCCACCUCCACCACCACCAGCACCACCACAGCCUGAAAUCACGGCUAACCGCUACGUGUUCGCUGCUGCCACUCCUUACCCGAAUCAAUACCCGAAUUCUAACCCGCCACCUUAUUAUCAGUACCCGGGUUACCAUCACCCUCCACCGCCACACGCUAUGCCGGUUCCCUUGCCGGCUCCUUAUGAUCAUCACCAUCACCGGGUUGACCCUGCCCAUUGGGUUGGUGGGAGAUACCCGUGUGGGCCCAUGAUGGCCCCACCUACACCUUAUGUGGAGCAUCAGAAAGCUGUUACUAUAAGAAAUGAUGUUAACUUGAAGAAAGAAAGUUUGAGACUUGAAGCUGAUGAAGAGAAUCCUGGAAAAUUUCUUGUUGCUUUCACUUUUGAUGCUACUGUUUCUGGAAGCAUCACCAUCAUUUUCUUUGCAAAAGAAGGUGAAGAUUGUAUCCUGACUCCAGUGAAGGAAAACCUUCUUCCACCUGUAACGGUAAAUUUCCAACAAGGUCUGGGCCAGAAAUUCAGACAGCCUUCUGGAUCUGGGAUUGAUUUCACAAUGUUUGAGGGCAGGGAAUUACUGAAGGAGGGUGAGAUCGAUGUCUAUCCUCUAGCAGUGAAGGCAGAGGCUUCCCCUGCUAAUCAAGAUAGGCAAGAAGGAAACCAAUUGUCUGGACCCACAAAUUCUCAGAUAACGCAAGCAGUGUUUGAGAAGGAUAAAGGCGAGUACCAGGUGAAGGUAGCAAAGCAGAUUCUCUGGGUGGAUGGUAUGAGGUAUGAGUUGCAGGAGAUAUAUGGAAUUGGGAAUUCAGUUGAGGGUGAGGUUGAUGCAAAUGACCCAGGAAAGGAAUGUGUCAUUUGCCUGUCAGAACCACGGGACACAACUGUUCUUCCCUGCCGCCACAUGUGUAUGUGCAGUGGAUGUGCAAAAGUCUUGAGGUACCAGACAAAUCGGUGCCCUAUUUGCAGACAACCAGUUGAGAGGCUUUUAGAGAUAAAGGUCAACAAUGGCCCUGAUGAAUGAGGAGAGGAGAGGAGAGGAGGUGCCUCUUGCUUCCUGUAUAGUUGUUUGAUUUUUUUUUUUUUUUCCUCUCUCUCUCUUUUUUGGGGGGGUUUCAAUAUCUUAUUUCCUUUAAUGUUCUUGAUUUCUAAUAAUUAAACAGGAAAUUGUAAUCAACUUGCAGUAUGGCAGGAUAAAUGCAACUGGCAUUGUACCAAAAUAGCUAUGAAUUUUCUUUGAUCUGACAUAAAAUAUAGUAUAUGUUUGGUUUCA